GCGAGUGGGUUUCCAAACGCCGAUUGACUGGCUAGGGCGCCACUAAGAUCAAGUGCAAUCUGAGUGUUGUAGCACUACGACAUCGCCAUGGUGAAGCGCAAGAAGCACGAUAAGGACAAGUACUACAACCUCGCGCGCCAGCAAGGCUACCGCGCGCGGUCGGCCUUCAAGCUCAUCCAGCUCAACAAGAAGUACGACUUCCUCUCCAAGGCCAAGGUCUGUAUCGAUCUCUGCGCGGCGCCCGGCGGGUGGUGCCAAGUCGCGGCCAAGUACAUGCCGGCGUCGUCGAUCAUUCUCGGUAUCGAUCUGCUGCCGAUCCGUCCGAUCCGCGGUGUGAAGACGUACCAAUGCGAUAUCACGACGGCGCGCUGUCGCCAGAUCAUUCGCCAGGAAAUGCAGUCGUGGAACGCCGACGUCGUGCUCUGCGAUGGCGCGCCCAACGUCGGUGCCGAGUACUCGAAGGAUGCGUACGUGCAGAACGAGCUCGCGCUCAUUGCGCUCAAGCUCGCCGUCGACGUCAUGGGCAAGGGCGCGACCUUCGUCUCCAAGGUCUUCCGCUCGCAAGACUACAACGCGCUCGUGUGGGUCUUCAAGCAGCUCUUCAAGAAGGUGUCGGCGACCAAGCCGCUCUCGUCGCGUAACGAGUCGGCCGAAAUCUUCGUCGUCUGCGAAGACUACCUUGCGCCGCACUCGAUCGACCCGAAGCUCCUCGACCCUGAGCACGUCUUCUCGGCGCUCGAGAAGGACGCCGAAGGCGGCCUCACGAUCUUCCACCCCAAGUACGGCACGCAAAAGCGUCAUCGUGAAGGUUAUGACGACGACCUUGGCCAGACCCUCACGCGUGUCAAGACCAUCACCGAGUUUGUCGAGUCGAACGACCCGAUCCGCCUCCUCACCGACUGCACGUCGUUCAAGUUUGAACAAGCCGAUGCUAUGUUCCUCGAGCACGCGGCGACGACGACCGAGGUCAAGGCGUGCCUUGCGGAUCUCAAGGUCCUCGGCAAGGGUGAUUUCAAGAGCCUGCUCAAGUGGCGCACCAAGAUGCAGGUGUACCGCGACGAGCUCCUCAAGGCCGCCCAAGGCGAAGAGGAGGUCGCCGAAGAGGAAGCUGUUGUCGCGACCAUCACGGCCAACGUCGAACUGACGGAGGAAGAGAAGAACGCGGCGAUCCGCGAAGAACUGGCGCAGCUCCGUGCGAACGUGCUCGCCAAGAAGAAGCGCGAAAAGAAGAAGGAGCGUGAAAAGAAGGCCAAGGAACGUCUUCGCGCGGCCAUGGGCAUGUCGGAAGCCGGUAUCGAACUCACGGACGACGGCCAAGCCUUUAGCCUCAAGAAGCUCGGCCUCGGCAAAUCGAACAUCAACGAUCUCGACGAUGGCGCCUACGCGUCGGCCUCCGACUCGGACGAGCUCCUCGAACCCGAACACGGCAACGGCGACGACGACGAUGACGACGACAUGGCUGCCAUCAUGGAGUCGCAGAUGGAGAAGCUCUACGACGAGUACCUCUCUCGCAAGGGCGAUGGUGCCAAGACUAAGAAGGCGAUCAAGCGCUCCAAGGUCGCCAAGCGUGCGCUCGCCGGCGAGGCGCUGGUCGAGGACCACACCAUGUUUGACGGCGACAACGAGGCGUACGAGAAGAUGAUCAACCCCGAGGAGAGCUCGGACGAGUCGGACGUUGAAGAAAACCCGCUGGUCGUCUCGCUCAAGCAGCCCGUGCGCCCGUCGGCCGCGGUCUCUCGCUGGUUCUCGGGCAACAAGCUCUUUGAGGACGUCAAGGACACGCCGACCGUCGUCGUCGACAAGGACGGUGACGUCGUGCCCGUCAUGCCCAUGACGGACAAGGAGAUCCGUCACAAGAAGCGCAAGGACGCGGCCGACCGCAAGGAGCGCCGCGCGGCCAAGAAGCAGCGUCUCGAAGACGAAGAGCUCGCGCGGCUCGCGUCCGACGACGAAAACAUGGACGCCGGUGACGACGAGGAUGACAAGAAGGGCAACAAGACGCCGUUGACGGCCGAGCAGCUCAAGCGCAAGCACGAGAAGGAAGCGCUCAUCAAGGCCGGCAUGGGCGCGCCGCUCGUCGCGACGCCGCUCUCGACCAACUUUGAAGUGGUCAAGGCCGACCCGGAGCUCCCGGCCGUCGAUACGCGCAAGUUUGACUCGGACCAUGAAGACUACGACGAGGAAGACCACGCCCGGACGAUGGCGCUCGCGCACAUGAUGCUCCGCCGCGACACGGCCAAGGACCUCAUCGACAACUCGUACAACCGGUACGCGUGGAACGACGCGGCCGACCUCCCGGACUGGUUCCAGGACGACGAGGAGCGUCAUUACCGUCCGCAGAUUCCGGUGCCGAAGCAUUUGAUGAUGCAGAUGAAGGAGCGCUUCAUGGAGAUGGCGACCAAGCCGGUCAAGAAGGUGGCCGAAGCGCGCGCCCGCAAGCAGCGCCAGCAGCUCAAGAAGAUCAAGAUCGCCAAGAAGAAGGCCAACGACAUUGCCAACUUGCCCGAUAUGUCGACGCGCGAGAAGCUCAAGGCGAUCGACAAGGCCAUGAAGAUGGCCAAGACGAAGAAGGAAAGCAAGCUCUACGUGGUCUCGCGCCGCGGGCGCACGGCCGCCAACUCGAAGGCCUUCAAGAAGGGCGACAAGGGCGCGACCAAGGUCGUGGACCCGCGUAUGAAGAAGGACAAGCGCAACGGGGAGAAGCGCGCCAAGCGCGGCAAGAAGUAGAGACGACGACGUGAAAAUUUCGACGACGCCUUGAGCCC